UGCAUCGCAGCUGUCAGUACCAGAGUAGCAGCCGAGAAACCAAAAGGCAGACGGGAAAGAGUAGGCAGGAAUGCAGAGGUUCCGUCCGCUCCUUUACAUUGCCAUUGUCCUUCUGGCACUUGGCACAGAUGACGUGGAUGGCAGCUGUGAUGUGCUGAAGUCACACGAAAUUGCAGGAGGCAAAACAGUAGCGCUGCUGAACAACACAGUGCUUCAGUAUAUAUGCCCAGAGGGCCAAUACCCAUACCCUACCGAGUACCGGACAUGCGAAUCAGGAAGAUACUGGAGCACUAUGAAAAAUAUAAAUAAUAUAAACGUCUCCCGGGCCAGGUGCAAAGUUAUUAAUUGCCCCAGAGUUGCAGAAUUCGAAAAUGGUUACUUUGAGCCCCCACAGCAACAUUACAAUAUAAACGACAACAUCACAUUUACUUGCUACGGAGGAUACAAUAUGAAGGGGUCUGAAGUCCGCACCUGCCUUCCCAAUGGGAAAUGGAGUGGAAAAACAACCAUUUGUGAUGAUGGAACUGGCCAUUGUACUAACCCAGGGAUUCCAAUUGGUAGUCGAAAAGAAGGAAACCAAUAUCGGAUAGAAUAUCGGGUCCGCUAUACUUGUGAGAAUGGUCUUGUCCUUUUCGGAUCCGAGGAACGGAUUUGCCAAGAAUUUGGAGGCUGGAGUGGAUCAGAACCAGAGUGUCGACAGCCAUAUACUUUUGACACCCCAGAAGAAGUUGCCAACAAUUUCAUUUCAUCUUUGACUGAAACUGCUGAAGCCGCAGAAUCCAGUAAAAAUACCUCCUCUACACAGAAGCGAAAGAUUGUCAUUAAGAAAGGAGGCACAAUGAACAUCUACUUCCUCCUCGAUGCCUCAAAAAGUAUUAAAGAAGUGGAUUUCAACAGUACACUGAAUGUUACAAUCAAGCUGAUUGAGAAGAUCUCCAGCUAUGAUGUCUCCCCCAAUUAUGCCGUCAUCACUUUUGCCACAAACAGCAAAGAGCUUUUCAACACAUUUCAUGCACAGAGCACUGAUGCAGCCUGGGUGAUUGAGCAAUUACAAGAUAUCAAAGUUUCUGAGCAUAAGAUAAAGCCAGGAACCAACAUAAAGAAAGCCUUGACAACUGUCUAUGAAAUGAUGAUUUCCCAGGAAGCUGAUGAGAGGAGACGUGGAUUAAAUCCUCCUCCUGUUUCCAAUUCCACACGCCAUGUAAUCCUCCUCCUGAGUGAUGGUCGUUACAACAUGGGCGGGGAACCAGGUCCUGUCAUAAACAAUAUUAAGGAAUUCCUUAGGAUUAAGAAAUCUGGCUCCGAUUCUCGCAACGAAUUCUUAGGUUCUGUGUUCUCCCCAAACAGGCCAAUUUGUUUACCAUGUACACAAGGAACAACCCGAGCUCUGAGGAAAUCCCUUGCAACAACCACGUGCCAAGACCAUGAGAAUGAGCUGCUACCUGUGGGAAACAUUCGUUCUUUUUUUGUAAGCGACUGUAAGUUCAAAGGUCAAGAAACCACUGGGCUAAUUCGCAGACAUGUUCAAGUCAAGAACGGUGAAAAGAAAAUGGCCUGUGAACAAGAUGCUCGGAAUGCCAAAUUCUACAAAAAUGUCACCAAUAUUAAAGACGUAGUGACUGAUAACUUUCUAUGCACAGGGGGGCAGGACCCUGUACUGGACCCCAAUACAUGUAAAGGUGAUUCUGGUGGUCCUCUCAUCAUUCAGAAAAAGUUGCGUUAUAUUCAGGUUGGCGUCAUUAGCUGGGGUGUGACUGAUGUCUGCGGUCAUCACAUUACGAUUUGUGAUGAACCCGACAAAUUGCAGAGGCACAAACCCUCCUAUGCCAGGGAUUACCACCUCAACCUCUUCAAAAUUAUCCCGUGGCUCAAGAAAGAGCUGGCUAAAGAGGACCUGGAGUUCAUCUAGACACAUUCUCUUCCCAGAUGCUCUAUGUAAAUAGAAAUCAUUCUCUUCGAACCUUGCCAAGUAAAGUCUGUGUUAACAAUGGCCAUGUCUGAUGCAACUGUAUAAACAAAACAAUAAAUGUGAUAUGUGUUAUC